AUGUUGGACCCCUUCCCGCCGCCCCCAGAAUGGCUGCGGAGCUUCGCAGAGCCGUAUCUUCUCCGUCUGAGUAGUCCGACGCUCGUUGACCACAUCCAUGAAGUGAUUGGAGCAUUCAUCUUCUACUGGACCAUUCAUGCAGUUCUCUCACCUUGGCUUUCGCCGAUUCUCUUCCCUCAAUCUUACAAUAAGCUCACUCCCCGGACGAAGCUGAACUGGGAUAUCCACGUUGUAUCUCUUGUUCAAAGCGUCGUCAUCAAUGUUGCCGCUUUGUGGGUCAUGUUUUAUGACAAGGAGCGCAGCUCCAUGACCUCCGGCGAGCGGGUCUUCGGGUAUACAGGAUCCUGUGGACUCAUCCAGGCUCUAGCCGUGGGAUACUUUGUCUAUGACCUUAUUGUCAGCAUUAUACAUGUGCGCAUGUUUGGCAUCGGCUUGCUUUUCCAUGCCGUCAGCGCCUUAUGGGUGUUUAGUCUCGGCUUUAGACCCUUCCUAAACUACUUCGCCCCGACAUUCAUCCUCUAUGAACUCUCCAGCCCAUUCCUCAAUAUCCACUGGUUCCUCGACAAACUCGACAUGACCGGCAGCCGCGCCCAGUGGUACAACGGCAUGGCUCUUCUCUCCAGUUUCUUCGCCUGUCGCCUCGUCUGGGGCACCUGGCAGAGCGUCGUUGUGUACGGGGACAUGUGGAACGCACUGCAACAAACCUGGGCCGCGUCCGCAUCCCCGCUCUCCGCCCCCGUCAACAUCAACGCAAACGUCUUCUACCCAGCUCGUGACGGCAGUCUGUGCAUCAACGAAGCCUGUGCCCGCGCAAAUGCCGAGAUCACCAAGUUCAAGGACUUCACCGCCGGAGGCGUGCCGACUUGGCUCGUCGUGACCUAUGUGGGCUCGAAUCUGAUCCUGAAUUUCUUGAACUUCUUCUGGUUCUCCAAGAUGGUGGAGACGGUCCUCAAACGCUUCCGCACUCCGGAUGAGGCUGCUGCUGCCGAUGCGAAGAAGGGGAAGAAACAGCCCGGUGCUGCAGAGGAUGUUGUCCUCGAGGCGGCGUCGAAGUUGGAACAGGAGGAGAGCGCUAUUAUGCAGAGUGAUCUUUCCUCGUUGAGGGAGAAGGUCUCGUCGGCUGUGGACACGGGGCUUGGCGAGGAGGUGCGCAAGCGCAGGGAGGAGCUGGUUGCCAAGGUUCCUUUGCCUGGCGCAUGA